GUUCGUCUCCAGUCUCCUCGCUCCCGCAGCAGCACAGUCUGCUCCCCCACAGAGAUACACCAUGGCUUCUGCUCUGCACUGCAAACUUGUUGUGUUUUCAUGUCUGUCUGCAUCGUUACUGUUCGCCGGCGUGUUUAGCGACGCCGAUGAUGAAGAGGAGCAGCACGCCAAGCACACGUACACGGUGGAGAUGUUCACCGAGGCGGUGCCGACGGCGCCGCACUUUGUCAUGUUUUACGCACCGUGGUGCGGCCAUUGCCAGAGAUUGCAGCCUGCGUGGAACGAGCUGGCAGACAAAUACAACGGCAUGGAUGAGCCACCAGCCUACGUGGUUAAAGUAGACUGUGUCCAGAACACGAAGUUCUGCUCCAGUGAGCACGGUGUCAGAGGCUACCCUACACUGAAGUUGUUUCAGCCAGAUCAGGAAUCAGUGAAAUACCAAGGUCCCAGAGAUCUGCAGUCUUUGGAGACGUGGAUGCUCAAGUCGCUCCAGGACGAGCCGUCGGAACCAGAGACUGAACUGGAGCCUCCUAAAGCCCCAGAGCCUAAACAGGGCUUGUAUGAGCUCAGCGGGCUCAACUAUAAGGAGCACGUAUCUAAAGGUGCCCAUUUCAUUAAGUUCUUUGCGCCUUGGUGUGGCCACUGCAAAGCCAUGGCCCCCACCUGGGAACAGCUGGCCACCACCUUUGAGCACUCCGAUGACGUGAAGAUAGGAAAGGUGGAUUGCACUCAGCACUAUGAGGUGUGCUCUGAAAACGGUGUGAGGGGUUAUCCCACCCUGCUCUUCUUUUAUAAUGGACAGAAGACGGAGCAGUACAAAGGAAAGAGAGACUUGGACUCUUUCAAAGAUUUUGUGGACAGCCAGCUGAAGGCUGCACUUACUGUGGAGCACGAGCACGAACCUGAAGAGAAAGCCAAUGAGAUUCCCUCUGAUGAGCCAGCCGAUGAGGAAGAAAAGUCCAAGGUGUUGGUUCUGACUGAGAACAACUUUGACGAGAUGGUCGCGAAGGGCUUCACCUUCAUCAAAUUCUACGCUCCAUGGUGCGGCCACUGCAAGAAUCUUGCUCCAACCUGGGACGAUCUUUCCGUGAAGGAGUUUCCGGCCCUCAGUGAUGUCAAGAUAGCUAAAGUGGACUGCACGGUAGAGCGCACGCUCUGCAACAAGUACUCUGUCCGAGGUUACCCCACCCUGAUCAUGUUCAGAGCAGGACAGCAGGGCGACGAGCAUCACGGCGGCCGGGACUUGGAGAGCCUGCACAACUUCGUGAUGCGGCAGGCGAGAGACGAGUUGUAGAAGCGGGUCAGUGGACGGGUCUGGCCCUCACUGUGUUUCUGGCCAGUAGGACAGCAGUUCUCCUCCUGCAGCGGCCACGUUUUCUUUUUCUCUCUUCAGGAAGGGGGUCAGCCAGGGACAGGCUGACGUGGUCUGUUCUGUGUUUUAAGGACAGAUUAAUCGAGUAGAUUGUUUGUAAUGUGAAUGUAUUUCUCAUUGCUGUUGCCCAACCUUUUUUUUUUUUUUUUUUGUUAUUGUUCCAAUCGCACGGUUGGGUGUGACAACCACUGCAAGCACUGCUCCAUUGACAAAAACCAAAAACUCCUUGCACACUUAUAACAAGUUCUGUUUGUUAAGAGUAGGUUUCUGUUUUGAAAAAAAAACUAUACAAAUCUUUUGUUUCUGACAUGUAAUAUUCGACUUUCUCAAUGUUAAAAUCUAUACAUUUGAUCUGUUGUUAAGUUGUGAGCCACGAAUGCUAUGGUGCUGUCGCUCAGGCGUAAAAAGAUGUAGCACCCGACGUGAGGCGAGUGUUAAGUUGAGGGUCUUUCAUAUCGAUGCCACUGAUCGCCUACCUGACUCAAGUCUCAGGGAAACACUCAUGCAGACUAGAAGAAGUUGGACGGAGACUUUGUUGACACCGGCGGACCCUUGCAAUGACUCACGGGCAGAUGAAAACCAGGUCCUCGUUGCUUGUUUAAAAGUAAGGAAAGCUGGUAAAAAUCUGAGUCAUUUGUGACUUCUGUGACCUUAAUCAGUCAUCCUUCUCCUCUCUCUCUAGUACUUAGUCUCAGGCCUGGACCAUGCUGCACCAUUCUCCAUGACUUAACAUGUGCAACACCCCUUUCUUUCAUAUACAGUUUUUAAACUCCAUUUAGAAGGAGAAAAAAAAGGAACUGUCUCCAUUUAUCAGGCGAGGCUCUUGUUGGAGGUUAGCAAGUAGGUGAAGAAACACAUGACAUCUGGGACACUUGAAGCCAGUAAGACCUUCCAGCAUCCCAGAUGAUUUCCUGAAACAAACUUCUUGAAGCACUUGAAACGCUGGAUGGAAAAGAUGUCCCACAGGUUCAAAAUCAAAGUGUACCCAUCCCCGAUUAAUUCCCACUAAUCAGGAAAAUUAUUUGGAGCAGAUGUUUUAAAGAGCUCAUCUGUCCAAUUGUGUCACUGCUGCAUCUUUUUCUUUCUUCCUCCCGUGCGAUGAAUGCACCCCUUUGUCGGGCCAGUGCAGAUGCUCGUUGAGGUCAUGUGGAGGAAAAAACAAAAACGUGUGCUCUGUGAUUCAGGAUAUCUCUUCUAGUCCAGCCUUAGUACACAAAAAAAGACAGACGCAGUUUUUUUUUUUUUUGUCAGUAAAAGUUUUUAUGGAUAGCACAUGGUCAAAGAAACUCCAGUGAUGGAAGUAUUUUUCCUAUUCAGGGGUUGUGCAUUACCCACAGACUUUGCACAGAAACUGAAGAAUGGUAAAUUGUAACAUGAGAUUUCGUAAUAAAUUUUUCAAAAAAACAAACAACCCAUAUGUCUAUAUC